AUGAAAACACGCCCUUCUCCGUAUAAGUCUAACUUGACAUUAGCUUUGCUGAUUAAUAUUCUGAAUUAUGCCAUUUACUGGAGAGAGGACUCAAAUUUUGGGUUUUCACUACUAGGAUAUUCACAUUUUUCAGGCCAGAAAGGUGUUGUUAUUGGAUCACCGAAAGAGGGGAAAAAUGGUGGGCUUUUCUGGUGUUCACUCUUUAAGAGUACAUGCAGCCGGGUUGAUAUUAAUUUGGAAAAAGAGACACAUAUGCAACCUGGUUUAAAUGGGGCUCUUUUUGGAUACUCAAUGGCAUCAAGCUUCAUCAGCGACCGAGGUCCUAUUACAGUUUGUGCACCACGUCUUUCAUGGUCAUCAGCAUCAUCUUUGUAUGUACCUGGUGGAUGUUUUGAAUUUGAUGAACGUUUAGAAAAUCCUCAAUUGAAUCCUGCGCCAAGUGCAAUUUGUUUAAAUGUUGAAGGUUCUGAUAAAUCAAUUGAUUUAAGAUAUUGUACAUUUGGUGCAUCAGUUAGUCAACAUCCUAGUAAACCUAAACAAUUAUUUAUUGGUGGUCCACAUUUUUAUUUUGAAAAAGGUGUUGGAGUUUCAGUAAAUAUGAACACAUUUGAAAGAGCUAUCACAUCAAUUGACGCUAUUCCUUCAAAUACACUUCUUGGUUCUUCAGUUGCUACUUCCAAUCGAUUAUACGCUCCACUACCAGGAAUAAAUGCAUAUGAGUUAUAUGUGGCUUACGGUGGUCCAGGUGUUCCGAGUAAUGGCGGCAACAACUUUUUAGAUAAUAUGAAAUUCGGUACUGGCAUUGUUUCAAUCUUUCAAAGUAAUAAAGAAAAUGGAAGGAAUAAUGUCAAACCGUUGAUGAAGAUAGAAGGUCAAAGCUUUGGAAGUCGAUUUGGUCAUUCACUUGUAUUUAUAGAUAUUAAUGGAGAUAAUUGGGAUGAUCUAAUUGUCGGUGCACCAUAUCACUAUUCAAAUGCUACUGAUGGUGGGCAUAGAAGACACGGAGCUGUGUUCAUAUUUUUAAAUAGACAAAACUAUUUUUAUACACCAAUAGAUGAAAUCAGUGAAUUGAAACUGUUUAGUUAUGAAUUUCCGGAGACUUUUCAAUUACUCUUACCACCAUCUCAUAAUUGUGGAAAUUCACCGAUUCCUGGGUUUGGAGCAACUAUCACAAAACUUGGUGAUAUCAAUCAUGAUGGCUUUCAAGAUUUUGCAAUCGGCGCCCCUUAUGAAGAAUAUGGCGGAGCAGUAUACAUUUAUCAUGGAAGUAAAUCAGGAAAAAUUCAAACACCAACACAAGUGAUCUGUGCAAGGGAUAUGCAAAGUCCAAGACCAUUGGAGGGAUUUGGUUUCUCACUUGGAUUGAAUGGUGCUGAUCUAGAUGAUAAUGGUUAUCCAGACAUGGCCAUUGGAGCAACUUUAUCUAGUUCUGUAGCUGUUCUACGAACACGACCCGUUGUCAGAUUCAAUGCAUAUUUAACAAUGAUGGAUGGUAGUACUAUUCUUCCAACUUCAUUUAACUCUUUAACUGAUUGUUCAAAUGAAGCUCAACUGAUACUGGUUAUAAAACAACAUCUGCUAAUGUUGAUAAUAAACCGUGUAAUCAACGCCGAAAUUAUCCAUGAAUGGCUUUCAGAAGGUUGGGAAGUAUUUGAUAAACAAAUUCCUUCAGAAUCAACUGAUGCUACAGAUCAAUGUAUUGGUGAUGAUCAACAGUCAAAUAUUGUUACACGAAAUAUUAUGAAAGAACUCUAUCAAAAUUAUUCUCUAUCACCAAUUGUAUUUAUACGAGAAAAGAGUAUAAAUGAUAUUGAAACGCAUAGAAUUAAAGAAUACUUUAAACGUAAUGAAUCUGCUUAUCUCUCAGGAUUUGAUAGCCCUGGGGGAUAUUUAGAAGUAGAAGGCAGUGCAUUUUGUCGUGAUCCUAUAAAAGUGAAAAAUAAUCAACGUUUUAGUAAUGAUGAAUUAAAUUUAGCUUAUACAAUUAGAAUGAUAUUUCGAGAUACAUAUUUAAUUGACCAAACAGAACCUUUAAAGAUUGGUGUGAAAUGGAUUGCUAGAAUGACUGAACCACAUCCGGCAGCAGAUCAGAUUGAUGAAUAUCCUGUAGCUGAUCCACGUGAAAAUACUGAACUUCUUCAGUUAUCAUUCGACAAUCCUUGUGCAGUUCGUAAAUGUUGUCCAAAACUACGAGUUAGCUACGAUGUAAAAGUUACAAGGGAUAAGAAUGGCCCAGUUGUUUAUGUUGGUGAUGAUAAUAAUCAGACAAUUGAAAUUAAUGUUCGUGUCACAAAUAUUGGCAAUGAUUUAGCUUAUGUAACUGGAUUAGUCAGUAAUUUCCCGUCUACUCUCCUAGAACUUGAUCCAAAAUUACAUGAGGCCAGUUUAAUUCGACCAGAUACAGCAAUUUGUCAUCUUCAGCAUCCAUUGGCUUUUGGUGAAACUAGUCAUUGUGUGAUACGCUGGCUUGUUGUUGGACAUCAGCUGACAGUACAGAUGGCAAAAUUCUUUGUAAAUAGUACUGUAUUAAUAAGUUCUAAUAAUCCUAUACAAAUUGAAGGACAAUUAACUAAUGAACUACAAGUAAAUAUAAAGAUGACUGUAAAUGUUUCAAUAUUUGGAACAGUUGAACCUAGUACAGUUUAUUUCACUGGGAAUGUUAGCGAUGGUAUCAGUUCAAUGACAGCAGAGAAUCAAAUUGGAGAUGUUAGAAUUGUCGGAAAAUUUACUGUAAGAAAUCUACGUGAUCAAUCAGCAGAAAAUUCAACUAGUGUUGUUUGUGAUUCUAGAACAUUAGAGAAAGUUGUCAAUCCACAUAAAUACAGAGUAUUUUCUAGAUUAAGAAAAUCAAUUGAUGGUGUACCUGUACGAACUGCUCCUGUCGACUUACCCAUAGAACAUCCAUCUUCAUAUCCACCGUUAUCAAAUGAAAUGAUACUGGAACCAGUACCUGAUCGUUUAACAGAUUCAAAGUCUAUCGAUCGGAAAAUGACUACAAUUAGUUGUUAUAAUGGUCGACUACGAUGUGUUCCAAUUGUUUGUGAUUUAGGCAAAUUAUCGUAUAAAGCUGGACCGAUAACACUUGAAUUUAUUGCUAGACUCUGGGAUAAUACAUUUCGUGAAGAAUUUCGUAAAGUUUUCUUAACAAAACUUCAUAUUACUGCAACAUGGAGAGCUGAUGUAAAGUAUGGUAUAGAUCUUGGUGAUUCAGAUCACGCUCAAGAUACGGUUGAAGUAGAUAUUUUCAACAAUUUAGAACCGAAACCAAUACCACCUAAACACAUGGCGUUGUAUAUAGGAUUAGCUGCAUUCGGUGGUUUAUUACUCUUAUCCAUUUUAGUAAUCAUUCUUUACAAGAAGACGAACAAAACGCCCACUUCAGAUCCAACACAAAGACUCGGUCAGUAUGUUUCAGCAGAACCUAAUCAAAAACAAUCUUUAAUAUCACCAAAUCAAUCCGGCUAUCAUGACAGUAUGAAAAGUAAAUCAGGUGGACGUUAUCACCAAGUGCCAAUGAAUUCACAAGAACCAAGCUAUCGUCGAACACCGUAUUCCCCUUCAUCGGGUUUUCCAGUUUCAAAUACACGAUAA